AAGACGUGUUGCUGCUGUUUCGACACGAAGGAAUCACGACCUCUCCCGGCAAGCAGACGUGCAAAAGGGUGGUUGGUUUGAGGCCGCCGACAUCACCGUCUCUCUCUCUCUCUCUCUCUCCAUCUUUUUCUACCUCUCUCUGACGGUAAAAGUGGGAAAGCCAGAGGGCAAGGAGGAAGCCGAGAAUAGGUCUCUCUCUCUCUCUCACAAGUAAUCACAUCUCAAGGAAAGGGAUUUCAAUUGCUCAGUCAGCUUCCUUACUUUCCUAAUUUGUUGUGGAGAAUGGCUCAUGAUGCAAGUGAAGUGCAACCUGCUGGCGAACACUCAACUGCUUCUACUAGUACAAAGGAUGGUCAAAGUACCAAGCAGACGAACAGAGGAAUCCUUUCUCGCAUUUGGCAUGGAAUUUUCAGAAGGGGUGGUGAUGACUUUGAAAAGAAAUUGCAGUAUUUGUCCAAAGAAGAAGCUUCUGUUCAUUCAAGGAUGAAGAAGAGAGCUCAAAGCUGGCGAUCUACAGCAAGGAACAUUAUGGUUUACUCAGUUGUCCUGGAGGCUGUUGCUGCGGUUUAUGCAAUAAUGACGCGUUCCUUGAUUCUUGACUGGAAAAUGAGAGCAGCAAGGGUGAUGCCUAUAUUUGCUAUUCCUUGUUUGACAGCUCUUAUUUAUUCAGCACUUGCCAGCUAUAAGAGAAUACGUGAUGAAAGCGACCAGAAAACACUUGAAAGUUUGUUUGCUGAAAGACAAGCAAAAAUAGAUGAACUUAAGGAGAGGACUAACUAUUAUGUUACCCAGCAGCUGAUACAGAAAUAUGACCCUGAUCCUGCUGCAAAAGCUGCUGCUACCAGCUUUUUAGCAUCAAAGCUGGGUGCAGAUUCAGGCCUCAGAGUAUUUCUUGGUGAUGAAGCAAAGCCUGAAGCACCAUUUGGUAAAAGUAAUGAUGCUGAGGUGGUGUCGUGCACUGGGCUCCGCAACAGAAAGUCAUCUUAUAUGAGUGGUAACAGCAUGGGAAGCAUUGUUUCGCAGGAUACUACAGAGGAAUCACCUAGCAAUUCUGUUCUUGGUGGACCGCAGUUCAAUUCCGACAACCAAAUGGUUACUGUGAAACACCAUGAAGGAUCUACUGCUAAUAAUGGUGGAUGGGUAGCACGGAUUGCAGCCAUGCUUGUUGGCGAAGAUCCUUCACAAUGCUAUGCACUUAUAUGUGGCAACUGCCACAUGCACAAUGGGCUGGCAAGAAAGGAAGAUUUUCCAUACAUAACUUACUAUUGCCCUCAUUGCCAUGCUCUCAAUAGCAGUAAUCUGCAGCAGGCACAGCCUUCUGGCUCCAGUUCUAAUAAUAUUAGUGGGCUAUCUCCCGCUGAUGGCCUGGAUACCAGUGCUUUUCCUCCGCUUGAGGAUGAUGUCGUCCUGAGCUCAACAAAUUCACCAGAAGAUGAAAAACCAUGUGAAAUAAACCAAUAUGAUGCACGAGCAUCUUGAUGAACACGGAGAGCUUGCCACUGUGUAUAGUCAGACAACACGUUUGGUUUCUGAGUUUUUUUUUUUUUUUUUGUGUGUAUCUAUUAAUGUAACAGAGAAAGGGGGUUGAUUUGGUUGAUUUGUUGAACCUUUGUACUUGUGUUGGAUCUGCAUUUGACCAUUGUGAAUUCUUUGUUCGAAACUGUAGAAAAGAGCCUUCCUAUCUUGAUUAAUCUUGCAAUUCAAAUUGAAAGGGAAA